UUAAUUUUUUCAAAUAAUAAAAUUUAAAUGAACGGCCAUUAAAUUACUCUAUAGUUUCGUCGCUAGCUGUGAAGUUAGCACAGAGUCAUUUUGGAGCAGCCAAUAAAAAAAAAGUAAAUAAAAUACCAACCUGAUCUGAAACAAUCAAACAACUCGUCGGGGGGCAAUAUAUGUACACGUCGGUCGGUCAAUCACAAUUCACAAUCACAAUCGUCAGCACCAAUAAAACUAUAUAAAACACACCAAGUUUUGUACUUUUGUUGUGUUAGUAUAUAUUUUUUUUGCUUUUGUCUAUUAUUAUCAUUAUUAUUAUUUAUCUCAAAACAACAAGUUAAAUAAUGUCAUUAUACCUAAUUAAAUGUUUGUGUUAAAUAUUAAAAAAAAAAAAUUAUUUGAUUGUUAAUUUGCAUUGAUAUAAAUAAAAUGACCUUGACUAUUGGUGAUGGUGUAAAUGAUUGGUGCUAGACUGCUAGUAAAUGAUUAACAUUUGACAAUUAAAAUAGAGGUAUCAAUCAAUCAGUGAGUAAAAUAGGUAAAUUUAUUAUUUAAAUAAUCAUUUCUUUUCAUGUUUUUAAAUGAAUAUAAUUAGAUAUAUUAAAUGAUACUGAUUGUUGAUUGAUAGGUAUAUUAAAUUAUAGCUAAUAGAAAAUAAUAAUAAAUAAAUAUCUUAGUGGUAAUAUCUCGAGCAGUUUUAAACAGUUUUAAAAGACGUAAAAAUAUAUUUAAUAUAUACAAUUGAGUGUGUGUCAAGUGUCAAUGUGUGUGGCAUGGUGAUUGGAUGAUAUGCUGCUGAUAACAUUAAAUGGAUUCCGUUGUUUAAUCAUUUUAACUUGUCAAUAGAAGAAAAUGAAUAAAUGUUGCAGUUUUUUUAUAUAAUAAUAAAAAUUGCCUUAUAUUUUUUAAAAUAAUAAUAAUAAUAAUAAUAAUGGGUUCCAUAGCUCUUGAAGAAUGUGAACUCAUGCGAGAUUCAAAAUAUCGAACAUAUGUUGCAGCUGUUGACAAAGCCUUGAAAAAUUUUGAAUACACAAGUGAAUGGGCUGAUUUAAUAUCAGCACUUGGUAAAUUAAAUAAAGUAUUAUUGUCAAAUUUAAAAUUUCCAGUAAUACCUAGAAAAAUAAUAAUAUCAAAAAGAUUAGCACAAUGUAUGCAUCCAGCAUUACCAUCAGGUGUACAUUUAAAAGCACUUGAAACAUAUGAUGUUAUAUUUAAAUGUAUGGGAACAAAUAGAUUGAGUCAUGAAUUAUUUAUAUACAGUGCUGGUUUAUUUCCAUUACUUGGUAAUGCUGCAAUGAAUGUUAGACCAUCAUUAUUAACUGUUUAUGAAAAUCAUUUUGUACCACUUGGUGAACGUUUAACUCCUGGUUUAAGUGGUUUUUUAAGUGGUGUAUUACCUGGUCUUGAAGAAGGUUCUGAUCAUUUUGAUCGUACAAAUUUAUUACUUGAAAAAGUAUGUGAUGGUGUUGGACCUAUUAUGUUUUAUGCAUGUUUAUGGGAUUGUGUAUCAUCAAAUCCAUGUAUACGUUUACCAGCAUUAUCAUUUGUUUUAAGUCAUUUUAAUAAAAAGCUAUUAAUGAAAAAACAACUGUAUAUUAUGGGUACAAAUAUUGAUAAUAUGGUUAUUGCAUUGUGUCGUUGUAUACAAGAUACUUCAGCUCUUGUACAAAGAAGUGCACUUGAUUUAUUAUUAGCUGGUUUUCCAAUUCAUGAUAGUCAAUUUGAACACAAUGAUAUGAUUAAAUUAUUAACAUCAGCAUUAGCUACAAUAUUGCGACGUGAUAUGAGUUUAAAUCGUCGUUUAUUUAAUUGGUUACUUGGCAGUGAAGUUAAUACAUCAAUAUUAAAAUCAUCAUCAUCAUCAUCAUCGUCAGCUAAUGAUUUACAACAACAUAAUGUUACUUUAAAAACAACAACAACAGCAACAUAUUUUGAUACAUAUUCAAAAAUUAUGCUUAUUGAAGCCAUGAGAGAAACAUUAAAAAUUGUUUGUAAUGAAAAUCCACUUGAUUUAAAACCAUACAGAAUAUUAGUAUCAUUACUUGAUAAAUUAGAUAUUGGUCCAGUUAUACUUGAUGAUAUAUUGUAUGAAGUAUUUCGUACAUUUUACAAUGCAUGUUCACAAACAGAGGUACGUUGUUUAAAAUCUCAUGAAGUUGUUAAAUCAGCAAAUUUAUUAUUUUCAACAUUACAACCAUCCUAUAUAUGGCUACAUUGUAGUCAAUUGUAUAAAAAUUCAUGCAACAUGAAAAUAAAUAAUAAUAAUAAUAAUGAUAAUAUUAAAUUAUUGGAUAAAGUUGCAGCAGUUGGUAGUGGAAUGCCAAAUUUAAUGGAAAUUUGUAUAUUAGCUGAAUUUUUACUUGAUACAGUAUCAGUUGAUGCAUUUAUUGAUACAUCAUCUGAACAUUUACCAGAUUUAUUUCAUGAUAUUAUUAAUACAUUGUCAUCAAAGUUAAAUUUAUUUACUCCAAUGGAAAUAACAAAAAGUCUUGAUUUAUGCAGUAAAAUAUUAUCAAAAGUACAACCAAUUAUAUCACCAUCAUCACAAACUAUUAUUACAAAUAAUAAAAAUGAUGAAUCAUCAUUUCAUCAUAAUCAUCAUAGAAAUCAUGUUGCAAUUAAUAAUAAUAAUAAUAAUAAUAAUAAUGUUAAUUUAACAAUAAUUCCAUUGGAAAAAAGUCAAUCUGAUAGUAAAUUAAAUAAACAAAUUAAAAUGAUAAAUACAUUAUCUGAAAGUCCAAGUUCAAGUCCAAGUCCUCGAAGACGAGCAAAUUCUGGUGGUGCAUCUAAAAAAAAUGAUAAAAAAACUAAAAAAAAAUCAAGUAAAAGUGCAUCAAAACUCAAUGAAUUGUGUGAAAUUAGUGCUGAUGAUACAAUAUCAUCAUCAAGUAAUAAUAAUAAUAAUGAUGAUGAUGAUGAUGAAUCAUUAAAAGCAAAAAGUAUUGAUGAUUCUGUUGUUAAUUAUGAUGCAACAUGUAAUAUUAAAUUUGACAUAAAUAAUUCAAAUAAUUCAUCACCAAUAAAAAUAAAUAAUAAUAGAACACCAUCACCAGCUCAACAAGCACAACAUUCAAUGUUGGAAAAUUGUUUGAGACAAUAUGAAAAUUUUUAUGUUAAAUUAGUAUCUGAAAGAAUAUUGGAAAAUGAAAAAAGUAUAUCAGAAAUGUUUGAUGAAUUAAUAAUAUGUCCAAAAGAAAAUUUAGAUGAAAGAACAAAACAAUUGGAAGAAAUAUUAAAUUCAACAUUAAAAAAUAAUAAUAAUUGUGAUUGGACAUGUAAAGUUGAUUUGUCAUUUGUUGAUAAAAAAAAAUAUUCAACAAAAAUAAAAAAUCAUAACAAUCAACAACCAUAUAAUUAUUUUAUAAAUUCAAUUAAUCAAAAUAAUUGGGAAGGAGUAUUAAAAAUAGCAUCAAGUUUAUUAGUUGAAUUAUCAACAUUUCCAACAUAUUGUCAAUCUGGUGAUGAAUAUUAUAAUAUUGAAAAUAAUAAUAAUAAUAAUAAUAAAAAUGACAAAUUAUUAUUAUUACCAGAUUGGUUACGUGUAUUAACAGUAUGUUCAUGUUGGCUAGGUAAACAACCAUCAUUACAAUUAAUAAGUAUAUCAACAUUACUUGAUUUAAUGGAAUUAUCAAGUGCUCACAAUAAUAAUAAUAAUAAUAAUAAUAACAACAACAACUCGUCAUCGUGUCAAUAUCAAAAUCAAAAUAUAGAACAAGGUAUUAUUACAACAGUUGUCAUGAUUCCACUUAUGAAAAAAUGGCAUAUAACAUAUUUAUCACAAUGUACAAAUGUAUAUCAAACUUUGGCAUAUUCACUUUGGAAUCAUUUGGGUCAAUUACCAGCUUAUAAAUAUCGUUUAAAAUGUGUUGAAUUAUUGCAUGAACUUCAUCAUUCAUUGUAUUUAUAUUGUGAUGCUGUUGAAGAUAUUAUUGGUAUGGCAUUAACAACAACAAGUAUUGAAAUAAAAAUUGAUGCUUUUCAUAGAUUUUCAACACUUUGGCAUCUUGGUCGUGAAAUACAAACAAAUCCACGUCUUCGUGGUUGUUCUAGAACAUUUGAUAAAUCAUUAUUUAAAAUGCUUGAUAAUCUUCAACUUGUUGAUAAUUCACCACUAAAAAUUAUUGCCCAAUCUUGGUUAUUACAUUCACUUGUACGUGGUGAUAUAUCACGUAUUGUUGAUCCAGUAUUAUCAAUGCUUCUUGAUCCAUCAACUUGUCGUAUGAGUGUACUUCAUGUUAGUAUACAACAUAGUAAUACUGUAUUAACAAAACAUGAUAAUAAUAUUGAAACAAUAAAACAUUUAAAUAAUAAUAAUAAUAAUGAUAAUAAUGAUAAUGAUGAUGAAGAUGAUAGUGAGGGUACUGCUAAAAUAUAUGCAAUAAGUUCAGUUGAUGGUAAUGUUAUUUAUCAUGUUAGUGAUACAGCUGAUGUUAAUAAUAAUAAUAAUAAUAAUAAUAAUAACAAAAAUAAAAAUAAAAGAAAAAAAAAGAAAUUAAUUAAUCCAGUUAAAGUUAAACGUAUAUUUGCUGUAACAACAUUGGCCAAUACACAAAAAGGCAAUCAAUAUGUUACAGAAAAAAAUCAAUUUAUGAAAGAACUUGAGGUACCAUCAAGUAUAUCAGAAAAUCGUAAUAUAUCAGUAUUUGUUAAUCCAUUAUCAAAUACAAAUACAAAUUCAAGUGAUUCAUUGACAUUUGAUGCUGUUGAUACUAAAAAUAAUAGUAGUCUAUCUGCUGAAUUAUUUAAAAAUGCCAUGAGAUUUAAAAAACCUGAUAAUGAUAAAGAAGGUGGUGGUGGUAGUUCAAGUGGUAGUUUUGAUGAAAGUUUAUUUGAAUCAAAUAAUUCAAUAUCUGAAUCAACAAUAACCAACAAAGAUUAUGAAAAUGAUAAUGAUAAUUAUAAUGAUGAUGAUGAUGAUGAUAAUGAUAAAAAUAACAAUAACGAUGAUGAUGAUGAUGGUGAUUAUUUAAAAAAAUCAAAUAAAAAAAAUUUAGAAUCAUCAAUAGAUUCAAUAUCAAAUAGUGAAAAUAAAUCAAUAAUAAAUAAAUCACCAUUAUCAAUAUUAAAAAAAGAACCAAUUGGAAUAAUAGCUGGUGGAUCAAGAGAAGUUGCUGGUACUCUUUUAAAAGGUAAAUAUCAUAGUACAAAUGAAUUUUCAAGUUAUGAUAUUAAUGAAUCAAUGAUGGGUAAUAAUUAUGAUGAUGGUAUUGGUGUACCAAGUUGGACAAUGGGUGAUGAAGAUUGUGAUAUAGAUUUAAGUACAACAACUGCUGAAGAAUAUUUUGGUAAUAAAAAUGGUAUGAGUAUUGUUGAACAAGUUCUCAAUGAAGUUGUUGAUAAAGUACAUGAAAUGUGUCAAUAUAUUGAACCAAAAAAAGAAUCAAAUAAUAAAAUACAUGAUACAAAUAAUACAAAUAAUAAUAAAAAUAAAAAAAUAAAAAAUUAUAGUAGUGGUGGUGGUGGUGGUGUUGGUGUACAUAAUUUACACUCUCAUAUGUUACUUUAUUGUGGUGUUUAUGAUUCAACAAGAACACUUUAUGCAUUGAGAACUUUAAAAAAUGAAUUAAUAACAAAUGCAAGAAUGUUUUUAUUUGCUGCAGCAACAACUGGUAUUACAAGUGCAAGUAAAAAUUCAACAAUUUUAACAUUAUUAGCAAGACACAGAAAAAGUGUAUUGGGAAGAAAUUUUUAUGGUGAUGUUGCUAGUACAAAAUUUAUUGCAACAUAUCGUAGUAGUAUGUAUCUUGAGGUAUUAAUAACAAUAUGUUUAUAUUUAAUGAGAAGUUAUUAUCCAAAUUUGGGACAAAUGAGAUUAACACAAGAAGAAAUAUCUGGUAAUAGACAAGUACAACUUGCCAGUGCUGAAUUAUUGACAUUAAUAUUUUCUGAGCUAAUAACAAUUGUACGUGAUUCUGGUAAAGGUUUUAGUUGUUACAUUAUGGAUCUUUUAACUAAAUGUAUAGUACAAAAAAUUGCACUUCACUGCCUAGUAUCAAGUGUUUUAAAUAUGAAAAAUUUACAAAAUGAUAAUCAUCAUGUAUUUACAUUUACUGAAGAAAUUAUUUUAUUUAAUGAUCCAAUUAUAGAUGAAAAUGAUUUAAACAAAUGUAAAUAUCGUGCAAGUAUACAUACCGAAGCAUUUCAAAUACAAUUAUUAAGAUUAAUAUUGUCAUUGAUUAUGUUGGAGCAUCAGUGUGGAUUACAAAAUUCUGUUGGUACUGCUACUGCUGCUACUACCAAUACUACUAGUAGUAAUACUGUUGCUGUUGCUCUUUCUACAGAUGACACAGUACCACCACCAACAAUAACAACAACAUCAUCUUCAUCAUCACAAGCAACAACACCAACAGCAACAGCAGCAACAGCAGCAACAACAACUCAAUCAUCAUCGUCAUCUCGUAAUAAUAAUAAUUCAAAUUCAAAUCUUUUUGAAAAUUCAUUGGAAUAUAUAUCUGGCGCAUCAAUAACCCAACAGCCAAUGUUUCUUGCAAGUAUAUUGAGUGCAUUACAAUUAAAACAUUUAAGGCAUCUUCAUCAACACUGGACAAAUUUGGUAACAUCUAGUCUUCCAUACAUGGGAAUAUCUCUUACAAAAAUUGUAACAUCAGUUAUUCAUCAAUUAUGUUGUAAUAUUGAAUAUCUUGCAGCGUAUUAUGUCAAUGAAAAUGAUAUUUCUGUUGAUAAUAAUACUGUUGAUUGUUGUUUACCAGCUGAUUAUACUGUAACACAUUUAGAGGCAUUGACAUUUCUUCUACAGUAUUGUUUACUUGAUAGUUCGCAACAAAUGAGUUUGAAUGGGGGUGGUGGUGGUGGUGGAGGAUUUCAAAGUGGUAUAUCAAGUGUUAAUCCAGGACAAAUAUUUAAUAAUCUUAUUCAUGUAUUUACACCAACACCAACAUUAUCAACUGUUGAACUAUUAGGAAAAGAAAAAGCAUCAUCAUCGUCAUCAUCAGCAGUAGCAGCAGGUGCAUCAUCAGCAGGCACAUCAUUAUCAUCAACAUCAUCAUCAUCAACAACAACAACAAUAAUAAUGAAUGAACAACAUUUACAUGCAAAGCGUACAGCUCUUAGUCAUUUACCAAGAAUAAUAGCAUCAUUAACAGCACUUUGGCAAGCUGUAUUAGCAACAAAAAAAAAUGAUGAACAAGCAACAUGUGUUGUUGGUAGUCCAAGAGUUGUAAAACAUCAAUUACUUGAAUUAUUAUCACCAAUAUCAUUUCAUCAUGGUGUUAAUUUUUUAGCAGCAAUUGCUGUUGCAUGGCAUGAAAGACGAUCAUCAUCAUCAUCAUCAUCAUCAUUAUUAAAUAUUAAAAAAGUAUUACCAGAUGUAUCUGCUGAUCAACAAGUUAUGGUUAAUCUUGUUGGUUCAAUACGUGUUAUACCAAUUGAUACACUUGUACAAACAGUUAAUCAAGUUAUUAAAACACCACCACAAACAUAUGGUGUUAAACAAGAUUUUUCUUUGGAAGUAUCAAUACUUGAAUUAUUAUAUGUUUAUAUGCAAUCAAAUAGUACACAAUCACUUGUUGAAUCAUGGCAAUCAUUAAUUAGUUUAUUAAAAGAUGGUUUAUCAUUAACAGCACCAGCACAAUUUUUAUUAAUUGCAAUAUUAAAUGAAUACAUACAAAAAUGUCCACCAAUGCAAGAAAAAAAAGACAUAAGAGAUUUACAAGAUAUAACAUCAAAACUUGUUGAAUCAUGUUCACAAAUUGCUGGUGCUUGUUUAGAACAAACAACAUGGCUAAGAAGAAAUUUAGCUGUACGUGAAGAUGCAUUAUUAUCAAAUGACAUGGUUGAAAAUAAUAGUGGUGGUGGUGGUGAUAAUAAUAGUAUCAUUAAUAAUAGUAGUAAUAGUAGUAAUAGUAGUGGUGGUGGUAUGUAUCUAUCAUCAUCAUCAUCAACAACAACGACAACACCACCAAAUUCAGUAUACAGUGUACAAGCACAAGCAAUACUUGCUGAAAUAUUAGCACCUUUACUUGAUGUUAGUUAUGGAUCACAAGAAAAAGAACGUGUUGUAACAUUAUUAACAAAUGUCAUGUAUAAUGUAACACCAUACUUGAAAAAUCAUACAACUAAAAAUAUAUCAUCAUUUAUAGCUUGUUCACAUUUAUUAAGUUCAUUAUCAAGUUAUCAAUAUACAAGAAAAUCAUGGCGUAAAGAUGUACUUGAUUUAUUACUUGAUUCAGCAUUUUUUCAAAUGACACCAGCAUGUUUACCAUACUGGAGAACAAUUAUUGAUAAUCUCAUGACACAUGAUACAACGACAUUUAAAGAUUUAAUGACUCGUGUGUCAAUUGCACAAAGCAGUGGAAUUAGUAUAUUUUCAUCAAAAGAACAAGAAUAUGAACAACGUGCACAAUUAUUAAAACGAUUGGCAUUUGUUAUAUUGUGCAGUGAAACUGAUCAGUAUCAUAAACAAAUGCCAGAUAUACAAGAACGUUUGGCUGAUAGUUUAAGAUUACCACAAGUUAUUCCAUCAAUUCAAGCACAAGUAUUUUUAUGUUUUCGAGUGUUGCUUUUACGAAUAUCACCACAACAUGCAACAUCACUCUGGCCAGUUAUUGUCAGUGAAUUGGUUCAAGUUUUUUUACAUAUUGAACAAGAAUUAACAAAUGACAGUGAAGAAUUCAGCUCGCAUAUAAAAUUAUUGUCGGGACUGGAUUCAUCAUGGGCUGUUAAUGCAAAUAAUGGUCUACAAGCACAUGGUCAUCCUCAUUGGCUCCAAUUACAAGUUGCUGCUGCAAAAUUAAUUGAUCUUGCACUAUUAUUACCAGCUCAUAAAUUACCACAAUUUCAAAUGUAUCGAUGGGCAUUUGUGGGUAAUUCAGUUGUUGGAAAAUCUCAUAAAAAUAAUAUUUCUUCUGAUUUUGUACCUCACAUAACAAGAAUAGCAAGACUUAUGGAUAACAAGUUUGGAGCUCUAACACCAACAGCUGUAAGACCUGGUGAAUUAAUUCUAACAUCAAAUAGAAUUCGUUCACUUCAUGAUUUGCAUCAUUUCUUUUCAACUUUAAAUAGUCGAUCAAAUGGUGUGCCACUGAAUUUGACACAAUUGGAAACUGUUAUUGAGCAAGACUUUCUUGAUACAAUGCCUGUUGCACCAGCAAGAUAAUAGCAACUCAAUAAUCAUUUACAACAACAACAACAACAACAACAACAACAAAUCAAACGUGUUUUUGUAUAAUAUUUAUAAGUUUAGAAUUACGAUCGCUGGUUACGAUUGUUUAUUGUUACUUUUUCUUUUCCAAUACAGUGCCAUUUAUGUUUUUUUUUUUUUUUAUUGGUGCAUUAUUAUUUUACUUAAAAUAUAUAGACGCUGGUGUACCAUAAUAAUACUAUACCUAAUAAUCUGAUCAUCGAUAUCGAAACGAGAAUUUUAAAUUUUUGUAAAUCCAUUUUUCUUAUAUAUAAAAAUUAAAACGCAUAUUAAUUUCCAAUAAACA